AUGUCUUCGGCGCAAGUCUCCUCGUCGAGGAGACAGUCGUGUUAUCUGUGUGAUUUGCCCCGGAUGCCGUGGGCAAUGAUCUGGGAUUUUACUGAGCCCGUCUGCAGAGGUUGUGUGAAUUAUGAAGGAGCGGAUCGGAUCGAGUUUGUUAUAGAGACCGCACGCCACCUCAAGCGAGCUCAUGGUUUUCAAGAAGGGAGAUCCCCGGGUCCAGCACCACCGCCAACGGAGACGGUGCAGCUUAAUCAUGUGGACGGUUCUUCUAAACAACAACCGGGGCUAGACAGAUACUCCCUGGGCACAGAGAGAUCCCGCUUUGAUUACUCCAGCAUUAGCGCCCACGCCGGACGGCUUCCAAACGGGCUGAGUGGACCAAAUGGUUUCCCCAAGUCGGAUGACGGACCCCCCGAACUGAAUCGCCAGAGCCCAAACUCUCGUAGGAACCAUGGGCUGGUUGCAGUGCCCGGUCAAAUGAAUGUGCCACCAAAUCUUCUCCCUCAGACCAUGCUGAACGGACCCCCCUCGGCUGCAGCUAUUGCACAACACAGCUUGGCCAGCCGACCCCCGCCACCAUCUAGCAUGGGAACCGCUUUGUCCAUGGCUUCGCAAUCCAUGGAACAAGGUAAAAGACCAGGUUCUGUAUCGAGCACAGAUCAAGAGAGAGAUCUGAAAGAGAAACAGCGUAAUGCUGAGGCUUUAGCCGAACUUAGCGAAAGUUUGCGAAACAGAUCCGAAGACUGGGCAAACAAACCUAAGAUAGUGAGGGAGACUUUAAUCACCCUUUCAAAUUGCACCCCCUUUGAUGUGAGGUUCAAGAAGGAUCAUUCUCUUAUGGGCAGGGUGUUUGCAUUCGAUGCUGUGUCAAAGCCCGGAAUGGACUAUGAAUUGAAAAUAUUUGUUGAGUACCCAAGUGGAUCUGGUAAUGUGUUCUCUAGUGCAUCCGGGGUCGCCAAACAAAUGUAUCAGGACUGCAUGAAAGAUUUUGGACGAGGGCUUUCCUCUGGUUUUAAGUAUUUGGAAUAUGAGAAAAAACAUGGUUCAGGAGACUGGCGACUGCUGGGUGAUUUACUACCGGAGGCGGUUCGUUUCUUCAAGGAGGGUCUGGGUGCAGAAAUGUUGCCACAGCCCUACAUCGAUGCCAGCUGCCCUUUACUGCCCUCGGCGCUGGUUAACAUUCCUCGUUCCCUGCCGUCAGCCAGCGCUCUGAGGACAGGCAUGCGUAAGCGCAAAGCCUCCCCUGAACCUGACUCUGCAGAGGGGGCACUAAAAUUAGCCGACGAACAACAAAGGCAGCAAUGGAUGGCCAGCCAGAGCGAGGCUCUAAAACUGACCAUGGCAUCUGGGUCAUUCGCUGCCUCACACGGUGGACCACCACCUCUCGGACCGGGUCAUUCGGUCCACUCUAGCCGAGCUACCCCGCCUGAGUCGGCCCCGCAGAACGGACAGUCCCCCAUGGCUGCGCUCAUGUCGGUCGCAGACACGUUAGGCAAUGCUCACUCACCAAAGGACAAUAACUCUGUCCACUCAACCACAUCUACGAGACACAACAGUAGCAGUCCUGUUUCCCCCGCCUCUGUGUCUGGACAGCGUCGAUUGGCAUCCCGCAACGGGGAAAUAAAUUUGGCAGGGGCUCCCUCACAGUCCAGUUCCCACCAAGGCAUGGAACAAGUUCACCCUCAGAACAUUCCAGAUUCGCCCAUGGCAAAUAACGGACCAUUGUGUUGUACCAUUUGUCACGAACGUUUAGAAGAUACCCACUUCGUUCAGUGUCCGUCAGUUCCCAACCAUAAAUUCUGCUUUCCCUGCUCACGUGAGAGCAUAAAAGCACAGGGCGCAACUGGCGAGGUGUAUUGUCCUAGUGGAGAAAAAUGCCCCUUGGUAGGUUCGAAUGUGCCUUGGGCUUUCAUGCAAGGUGAGAUAGCAACCAUACUAGCCGGGGAUGUUAAGGUAAAAAAGGAAAGAGACCCUUAA